AUGGCUACACAGCUGGCUCCCAACACAGGCCACGCCUUUGGGAUCCCAUCUGUCUACCCAUCGUUCAAUCGCCCAGUUCCGCUUCUGGUCCUGCCUUCGGCUGCUGCAACUAGCAGCAUCCGGUACUUGCCUCUGCACGAGGUGGACCCGUAUCCUGGUCGAGCAAGACGGCGAAGCGGCGCAUGCAGCCUCAUUUCAUCGUCCCUCUAUGGCGUCUCCGGCUGCACACUUCCACCUGGACCUGGACCUACAAUAGGGACCAAGUCUUCCUCUGUGUCCACACCCUCCAAUGCGGCACACGCUAUCCUUGGACUGGCAGCUUUCACACUCAACCAACGAGCGGGAGAUCUGCCGCCGGCUCUUGCGCCGUUGCUUGCUUUUGAGACGAGCAGUGAACCAUUACGGCUGUCAGGAGAAGCUCGGUCAUGGCUCACGUCCAGACGAGCUGAUUCAGACCAUGCAUCUGUCCUCCAUGUACCGGGAGCAGAAUCCAUCCAUACCUUCCCUGGACCUGCCUUUUUGAUACUAUUUACGGAUCACUCGCCUGCAGAUGUUGUCACACGGGAUCGGGAUGGACCUGGCGCUCGGUUCCACCGAUGCAAGAUCGCACGACACGCUGACUCACCCACCAUACGGUUUCUGGCGCAACGAGUGCCUGUGGUCACUGAUUCGGCCUGGCUUGUUGGCCCAAUACUCUUUCUCUGUCUGUUGAUCGAGCUUCACCGUCCAUUAGCCGAAAGACAUGUACUUCAGACCUCCUCUCGAACUCACCCGACAUCGCGCCAUGGUGCAUCAUCGAUGUGGUCAAGUUGUGAAAAUUCUGCGUUUUUCCUCACGCGUCAGACGAUGCACAACGUCUGGUCCGCGAUUGUCUGCUUCUUCCAACCCCCAACCGGCCUUACAAGCCUCAGCCUAGUAUUCGUCGAUCAGGGAAACGAGUGGACUGCAGGUGCCUCUAUUGCUUGCCGGAAAUGGCGCGCCUCGUUCCCGUCUAGCAAUUCAUCAGUGGUUGUACAAUCUAGGCGACUUCAAGUAGAGAUGUGGACGCCACUCUGCCUCUUUUUGCUUCCCCACCAGAUCUCUCCUAGGUUCUUCUACGAUCACGGUCUGCAGAUAGCCUUCCCCCUUGACCAUCAGGGAAAGCCAGGACCUCUGAAGACACCUUUGGCCGAUCUACAGUCAGACCCCAAAACGACCUUGCAAUUUCCACAAGCCAACAACAUGCCUCACUCACACCUACUGGGCCCUCGCCCAAAGGCGCCGUCAACCAGGCCCACCCGUGGCCGAAACGGUUCGAAGAUCAUGCUCAUGGUGGAUCGACGUUACAAUCGACGAUGGUACCUUGCAGGAGCCGCGGAUGUCGACGCAUGGGCAAUCAGUCAACUGUGGGAAAGAUGGGCCAAUCGGUUUUGUUCCUGUGGUGAGGUAUACAUAAUCCAACCUACGUUCUACGAGAAGGUCACAGGCGCACAGAGUAGGCGGUGA